CUGCAUUUGACAUUGAAAAAAGCGUAAAUUGGAAAAUUAUUGGAGCAAUUCGCGCCGUCGAAGUGUGUGAAAAAUCAAUUGCACGCGAUGGAGCAGCGUGCCAAUUUCCUGGCACUAACACUGCUCGACGCACUCGAGGACGAGAACGAAUCGGAUAUAUUCUCAAUGCUGGACAGAAACAACAUUAACGCUGGAAUUGUGCCCUGCGAGCGAGGAUUGUCGCCGCUGCACUAUGUGUGCGGCAUGCAGAACGAAGAGUUGGCGUUGAGAAUACUGCAACGCUUUCUCACGACCAGCGGUGGCCAGAUGGUGGACGUGAAUGUACGCUGUGAGGGCGAAAUGACGGCACUCCAUAUCGCAGCGAACUAUGGACGGGUGGAGCUGGUGCGUCUGCUGUUGGCGCAUGGCGCACGGCCCGAUCUGAUGGAUGAGGAGCACAAGCUGGCCGUGCACUAUGCGAUUGAGGAGUGUCACUUCGAGGUGCUGCAAUUGAUGCGGGAUCACAUCUUCAAGGAAAAGCAGCAGGAGAAGCAGAAGCCGCAGCAACAGGAGCAACAGUCUCUCUUGACGCCACAGACGGGCAUUAAGUAUAACCAGGAUGUUACCUCGCCCUACUACAUCAAUAUCACACACAGACGCGGCAAACCACAACCCAGAUUUCCAGAUGUAGAAGACUUGGAGCCGGAGCAGGAGCAGUCCGUGAAUCUAUUCGCCCUGACACGAGAUCAUCUGCAUGAGCUGAAUCAGGAGACGGGGUGUGGACGCCGCACCCUAAUCGAGAGCUGGCGGGAUAAGGUAGAACGGUCACGUGCCCGUAAAUCUCUGCUACAGGUGGAGUGUGUGGAGUCGCUGGUGGAUCAGGCCAUGUCCCAGGAGAACUUCAGCUACGAGCAUCAUCUGCAGCAGACUCUCCGAGAUACCGAACUGGAGGAGGAGCUGCUGGAGCAGCAGCUGCCAGCAGUUGGAGAUGCUCAAAGUGGACGUGCUGCCUUUGGCCAGCUGGUGGAGCAAGUGGCGCAGGCGUGCGUCCUAGAACAGAGCUUUCACACGGCACACAAUGGGGAGGAGGAGGAGCAGGAGCAGCCUUCGCCAGACAAGGCGUACUAUCUGCAAAUGACGGAGGCAUAUGUUCAUACGGAUGAUGAGAAUGGACUCGUUUUCUACGAGACCAAAUUGCCGCAGAAUGCGACCAAGAAGGUUAAUGGAAAACGAAAGCAGGAGCAGCACCAGCAUCAGCAGCAGCCGAUGCAGUAUCUAACGGUGCCAAAGGAGCAGGGAAUGGACAGCAGUGUUAGCACAAAUCUUACGCUGCCCCUCGACUACGAGACGGAUGCACUGCGUGCGGAAUUGACGCAACUGGGUGCACCAGUUGGACCCAUCACGCACACCACGAAGCGUCUGUAUAUCAAGCAGCUGAUCAAGUACAAGCGGAACACGGCAGCUCUGCUGGCGGCGCAGAAGCACGCGAAGGCCGCCCAGGUCAAGUACUCCGUGGAACUGCAUCACACGCUGCGCACCCAGCAGGAUUACGAGCACAUCGAACGGUUUAUGCAACACGAGGUCAACUCUGCCACACACUUUGCCACAGCUUGUGCAGGUGGUCGCCGGAUGCGGGAGGGGCAUCUAAAGCAGAGUUUCAUUUACAUGCUGAUUGAUCCGCGCAUCUCGAGAAAUUUGCCGGGAGAACGCGCCUAUCUGGAUCCGCUGAGCAUUUGGUCGCGCUUCCUCGACGCCAUUUUCUAUGUAGGCAAGGGCAAAUCCUCGCGCCCCUAUGCACAUCUGUACGACGCAAUGAGGCAACAUACGCGCGCCAAUCAGCAGCAUCACGAGCAGCACAAGAAACGUGGCAAGCGACGCGUCUUACUGAUGCCGGAGCUGUUUAAGUCCCCGCCAGCGGCGGGUCAGGCGCCCGCUGGCAGUAAGAAACUGCAGCGCAUCCUGGACAUAUGGCAGCAUGGCAGCGGUGUCGUGUGCCUUCACGUCUUCCACAACAUACUGCCUACAGAUGCUUACACACGAGAGGCAUCGAUCAUUGAUGCACUGGGUCUGGCGCAUCUCACGAAUCUUAAGCGGGGCGAUUACUAUGGCCCCGCCCAGAUCUGGACCAUGAAGCAGAAGAAGCAGCUUGGGAUUGCACUCCUGUACAAGGCGAUGCACAUUUAUAUGGCCGAGGGCGAGUCUCAGUUGUCGCCCAGUGAUUUAAUCUAAGCAUCUGCCCAAUUUAACAAUUAGUACCAAGUACAAAGUGGAAAGUGAAAAGUUGAAAGAUACGCCAAAAUAAUUUAUAAUUGGAUCUCAUUUUAAAAAAAGGGGAAAAUAGUAUCCAAAUUUAUGAUAUUGAAAAUAUAAACUCUGCGGAGCAUAAUUCAAAUUUAAGCACAAAUAAAUCGAAUUUAAAAAUGAACU